AAUCCGGCCGGGACUGAACCAGUGGGUGAGGUUGGGGCUGGUGGCUCCUGCCUCGGUGGCUCACACGAGACCCGAGAGCAGCCGAGGUGAGAUCGCUGCGCCGUCGGAGCUGUCCACUCGGCCGUGGUGCUGAACUCUACACCCUCUUCUUUCCUUCUCUCCCCUCUUAUCUUUCUCGGCUCUGUACUAUAUACUUGCGAUAUUUUUGGAAAGGAUUAACAACCUGCUCUUUGGCUGCCUGUUCGUGCAAACUUCUCCCUUGGACGUCCCUCUCUGUCCACAUAGGAAAUUACACCACACCAGCGGUGGAUUUGACCGGAGCGGAGCUCGAGAUUGUCAUUAAUUAUACUUUGUUUAGAAGUGUCGCUUCAAUCCCAGUUUGGAUUAUCCUUCCUGGAUGGUUUACAUCUGGACACACAGGAAAAGACCAAUGAAGACAGCCAGAUGGUGGUCGGUUGCAAUUUUACUGUUGGGGCUAGCUGUACAUGGCACCAACGGGAAACCCAACAAGGAGGGGUUUGGGUCACCACCCUAUCGACCAGUCGUGCGAUUCCGACACAAGGAUGGGAUGCCUGACAGCUUGAAGGCAAAGGGUUUUAUGGGGCAGAACGGCUAUCCCGGUCCAUGUGAACAUAAGUACUGUGGCUUGGGACGCCAUUGUGUGGUCAACCAUGAAACCAGCCAAGGGGAGUGUAGGUGCUUGGAUCGCUGUAAACCACACUAUAAACCUGUGUGCGGUUCAGAUGGGAAGCUGUACCAGAACCAUUGUGAGCUCCACCGGGCUUCCUGUCUAAGGGGACACAGGAUCACAAUCAUGCACAGCGAGGAAUGCUUCUACAAAGAUGAUGACUGCAGAUUGAGUGACUACCACCGGCUGAAAACCAAGAUUUUGGAUUUGCAUGACAAGCAAUACUCAGGAGCUGCUGUCCAUGGGGCUCAUAAAGACAACAUGACUGCCAAGAAGCAACUAGUUGAUAUGAUGUUCAGACGCUUUGAUACAGACAAUAAUGGUCAAAUAGACGCCAGUGAACUCUCACAGGUCAUCAAGCAUGAAGGUCUGUCUAAGGAUAUCUCUGAGUGCACUUUGUUUGACCUGCUGAAGUACAACGAUGUCAACGACGAUGAGCAUCUGACGAAAGAGGAGUUUUACACAGCAUUUGAUGUGUACCUGGUGAACCUCCCAGAUGACCAAAAAGUGAUCAUUACAACCGCAACAGUCGGCCAGAGUGUUGUGUUGACCUGUGCCAUCACAGGAGAGCGGAGGCCUCCUAUUUUGUGGAGGAGAAACCAUCAAUAUCUCAACAGCUUGAACCUGGAAGACAUCAAUAUCCCGUCCCAGGAUUUUGGGGAUGAUGGCUCAUUGUACAUCACCAAGGUGACCACAACCCACAUGGGCAACUACACCUGUCAUGCUGAUGGAUAUGAGAAACUGUUUCAGACCCACAUUCUUCAAGUGAACGUUCCUCCCGUCAUCAGAGUUUACCCAGAGAGCCAAGCCAGGGAGCCAGGUGUCACUGCCAGCCUGCGUUGCCAUGCAGAGGGAAUCCCCAGUCCACAGUUGUCCUGGCUCAAGAAUGGCAUGGACAUCAGAACCAAGCUGUCCAAACAGCUCACACUGCAAGCUAAUGGAAGUGAGGUGCACAUUAGCAAUGUGCACUUUGAAGAUACCGGCGCUUACACCUGCAUUGCCAAAAAUGAGGCCGGCGUUGACGAGGAUAUCUCUUCGCUAUUUGUAGAGGACUCAGCGCGCAAAACCUUGGCAAACAUUUUGUGGCGAGAAGAAGGUCUUGGCAUUGGGAACAUGUUUUACGUGUUUUAUGAGGACGGGAUUAAAGUCAUUCAACCAGUGGCGUGUGAGAUACAGCGACAUAUUAAGCCCAGUGAGAAGCUGCUGGCUCUGCAGGAGGAGGUGUGCCCCACCUCACCAGGAGAAACUGUUCAAAGAUGUGUGUGGUCAUCAGCGGUCAACAUCAAGGACAAGUUUAUUUAUGUGACACAGCCGACCUUGGAUCGAGUGCUCAUAGUAGACGUCCAGUCUCAAAAGGCUGUCCAGACUGUCAGCACUGACCCUUAUCCUGUGAAGCUCCACUAUGAUAAAUCUCACGACCAGGUGUGGCUGCUCAGCUGGGGAGACGUGGAGAAGAACUUUCCAACUCUCCAGGUGAUCAAUCAGGCUAGUGGAAGAGUCUCCCAUCACACGGUUCACACACAACCAAUCGGCAGGCGCUUCGACAGGGUGGACGACUUCUUCAUCCCCGCCUCCAGCCUCAUCAUCAACCACAUCAGAUUUGGUCUCAUCCUUCAUCGAAACGAGCCUGUCCUUCAUAAGAUCAACCUGGAGACGACUUCUUAUGUUAAAAACAUCAGUUUGUGGGAGUAUAACUGCAUUCCCAAGUCUGUAGCCUACACCCAUCUGGGUGGCUACUACUUUGUUAAUUGCAGGCCCGACUCCACUGGUGCCACGCAGCCCCAGCUCAUCUUAGACAGCGUAACGGACAGCGUGAUUGGCCAAAACCGUGAUGUCACUGGCACUCCCUACGUGUCUCCAGAUGGACACUACUUGGUCACAGUGGAUGAUAGUGAUGGCCUGAUGAGGAUCCAAGUGAUCUCUGAGCGGGGUAAGAUCCAGGAGCCCUUCGACAUUCACACCAACUUGCACCUUUCUGAUCUGGCCUUCCAGCGCUCCUUCACAGAGGUCCACCAGUACAACGUGUUCGGCAGCUCCGGCCGUCAAACGGACGCUCUGUUUGUGGAACUGAGCACCGGCAAAGUCAAGAUGAUCAAGAGCUUGAAAGAGGCCACCAAGUCGUUUGACUGGCCGUGGAGCAGCAAGAACAGAGUCAUGGUGAGCAGUGGACUCUUCGGACAGUACCUGAUGACACCGUCCAGAGAGUCCCUCUUUAUCCUGGAUGGACGGCUCGACAAGCUCAACUGUGAGAUCACUGAUGUCCUCAAAGGCAACGUGGUGGUGUGGGUUGGGGAUUCUUAGGUCAUGGCAUUUAGACCCAGUAGGCUUCGUUGUCCGUCAAAGGGUACUGUUGCACUGACUUCUGUUGCAGAUUAUUUGAUUUAUUGAGUGCAAUUGUGAAAACCACAGAUUCAGAAACCAAAUUAAUUUGUUAGUCCACUGGAUGAGCCACUGCCAUCCAAUAAAAACAUACAAAAAACAAACUGUGAGGGCAUAAUUGAUUACACUGUCUUAAAACUGCUUUUUUCCUUAAAUCUGAAUUACACUUGGUGGUUUGCCUCCACGUCAGCAGUGUUGCUUGUUAGUAACAUUUUUCAGGUAAAGUGGUUUGAAUCUAUAAAUGUGUGUUUAAUUUUUUGGUUGCAUUUAGUGUGUGAGAAUGCUGUAGAUGAGACAAAACUAAAGCAAAUCGACAAAAACACAAAUAUAUAAUUUACUGUAUAUAUACUGUAUACAUCUAGAUUGACUCCUACAAUUUAAAUUCAUCCUCAACUUUUUCCUGUGCCUUCAAGGAAAAUCCCCCUCCAUCCGAGGAAUUAGAGUAAUUAUUCCCAGUGUGGCUACAGGCUACACCUUUCUUUGACCCCUUCAUUCAUGCUGAGUGUGGUUCAUCACAAAUCUGCCGCUCUCAUCUAUUCGUCCAUCCAUCCCAGCCAACUCAGUCUAAUUAAAACGGGCCCUUGCUGUGAUCCCAUCCUGUUUGAAGUGGAGACUGAGAGGUUCAUUAUGGUUGUGUGCUCUGUAACCUUUAAUCCCAAAUUAUAACCUGAUUUAGAAGGUUUUUAAGGCUAUAGUUUACUCUUCUUUUUCUUCUUUAUAGUCCCAAAGCAGAGAAUUGAAAGUCAGAGGUGGUUUUAGUGAACUGUACCAGCUUUAUACACAUAACGUAUUUCAAAAAGUUCCUUAGUUAAGAGUCAGUAGAGCACUUGUGUGUAAAGAAAAUCCUGUCUUGACUAAUAUCUCUGGACCAAAAGAAGGAUGUUAUGAGUUCAGUUUGGUGUAGUAAAUAUGCUUUGUGUGCUGGCAGCGUGUUUUAAAUGUAAAGGUGAGUUAGCACACUGGGGAGUACUGUACUUGUGGUGUUUUGUUAAGAGGAUGAUCUGAGGAUAAGCUUUGAAUGUGAGAAGCAUCUUCUAAAUGCUCCUGCUGUAGAUUCGUAGUUGGCAAGACACAAAAACUGUUUCCUGCUGGACACAUUUCUAUGCAUUUUUCACCCUCACACGGACCGAAUCACGACGGGCAACUGUAUCUCAAAUCUAGUAUGAACUUUUAAUGUGUAAAAAUAAUAUGAAGUCACUCCAUCUUUCCUGAUAAACUUUCCUCAUAUAUAGUUUUUUUUAUUUACUCUAGUGUUGUUUUCCUUCAUUUAAACCCUACUGUACUGAUGACGAUCUCUGUCCUGUACAUAGCUGCUGAAUGUGAGUCCAUUUCUUUCUCAUCCAUGUACAGAUUCAUGCACUCAUUUUCCAAAUGAAUUCAUUGCACACUUUUUAAGAAUAAAACAUGCAGCAGUCAUAUUUAUUCUGCACCUGAGGACAUUGUGACACAGCUUUCACCUCCAUGUAGCCAUGUCUUGUAUGUUUCCUCAUGUGAUUGUUUAUAUAGAAAUAACACGCUUGCCAUUUUACCCAAUAAUAAAAACU